CUCUUCUCCAAAACUAGCACCCACCACCACGUCUCUCCCCUCUCCUCUCUUUCCUACGGUCGCCCAUCAUGAGCUGCCUCAAGAUGCGCAACCUGCAGCUCGCGAGCCAGUUCUCGAGAAGCUUGCGAACACACUCACGAGCGUUUUCGUCGACGCGCCCAGCCGCCCGCAUCUUCGCGACCGAGCACCUGAAGGCUAAGGAGGCUUCUGGAUUCAUUUCGCAGAAGUACCCCGUAAUAGACCACGAGUACGAUGCCAUUGUUGUAGGCGCUGGUGGUGCUGGUCUCCGAGCGGCCUUUGGUCUCGCUGAAGCUGGCUUCAACACGGCCUGUAUAUCGAAGCUUUUCCCGACCCGAUCGCACACCGUGGCUGCACAGGGAGGUAUCAAUGCGGCCUUGGGAAACAUGCACGAGGACGACUGGCGGUGGCAUAUGUACGAUACCGUGAAAGGAUCUGACUGGCUGGGUGACCAAGAUGCUAUCCACUACAUGACCCGCGAGGCGCCACAGUCUGUCAUUGAACUCGAGAACUACGGCUGCCCGUUCUCAAGAACGGAUGAUGGACGGAUUUACCAGCGCGCCUUCGGUGGUCAGUCGCAGAAAUAUGGCAAGGGUGGACAGGCUUACCGAUGUUGUGCUGCCGCUGACAGGACGGGUCACGCUCUCCUCCACACGCUCUACGGGCAAUCCCUUCGCCACAACACCAAAUACUUCAUCGAAUACUUCGCCACUGAUCUAAUCAUGGAAGAUGGUGUCUGCAAGGGUGUUGUAGCGUACAACCAGGAAGAUGGCACAAUCCACAGGUUCAUUGCAAAGAACACCGUUCUGGCAACUGGUGGCUACGGACGUGCCUACUUCAGCUGUACUUCCGCUCACACCUGUACUGGAGAUGGAAUGGCCAUGGUCGCGCGUGCUGGACUUCCCAACCAGGAUCUUGAGUUCGUCCAGUUCCAUCCGACUGGAAUUUACGGCGCUGGAUGUUUGAUUACCGAGGGUUCUCGUGGAGAGGGUGGUUAUUUGCUGAACUCCGAGGGUGAACGAUUCAUGGAACGAUAUGCCCCGACAGCCAAGGAUCUUGCAUCUCGCGAUGUCGUCUCUCGAUCGAUGACUCUUGAGAUCCGUGAAGGCCGUGGUGUUGGACCGGACAAGGACCACAUCUACCUCCAGCUCAGCCAUCUGCCCCCUGAGGUUCUUCAUGAGCGUCUGCCUGGUAUCUCCGAGACCGCUGCUAUUUUCUCUGGCGUUGAUGUCACCAAGCAGCCCAUCCCUGUCCUGCCCACCGUUCACUACAACAUGGGUGGUAUCCCUACCAAGUACACCGGUGAAGUCUUGACUGUCGAUGAGCAGGGCAAGGACAAGGUUGUACCGGGUCUUUUCGCUUGCGGUGAAGCUGCCUGUGUGUCCGUCCACGGUGCUAACCGUCUUGGCGCCAACUCUCUCCUCGAUCUGAUCGUCUUUGGACGUGCCGUCUCGCACACCAUUCGCGAUAACUUCAGCCCUGGCCAGAAGGCUGACCCUAUCCAAGCGGAUGCCGGUGCCGACUCGAUUGCUGUUAUUGACAAGGUCCGCACCGCCGAGGGACCCAAGCCGACGGCUGAGAUCCGUAGCAACAUGCAGAAGGUCAUGCAGACUGAUGUCUCCGUUUUCCGUACGCAAGAGUCGCUCGACGAGGGUGUGCGCAAGAUACGUGAGGUCGAUUCCACCUUCGCAGAUGUCGGCAUCAAGGACCGUAGCAUGAUCUGGAACUCUGAUCUCGUUGAGACUCUCGAACUCCGAAACCUCCUCACUUGCGCCGUCCAGACCGCCGAAGCUGCCGCCAACCGUAAGGAGUCAAGAGGUGCUCACGCACGUGAAGACUACCCCGACCGUGACGACGAGAACUGGAUGAAGCACACUUUGACGUGGCAGAAGAACCCGCACGGCAAGGUUGAUCUUGGAUACCGGGGUGUUGUCGCCAACACUUUGGACGAGAACGAGUGCAAGGCUGUCCCGCCUUUCAAGAGGACGUACUAGACAAGUAUUGAGGUAAAACGUGUGGAGGAGGUUGCACUGGCUGUAUUCUAUGUACAUUGGAUGAUUUGCUGCAAUGCAUCGUAGUGGCAAAAUCAUGUUUGGCUCCCUUUUUUUGUGUAUUGCGAAGAUAUCUCAAUAAAAAC